UCUUUACCUUUCAACAAUUCUUUCAACAAUACAGCUCUCUCAUAUAAAUAAUUAUCCAUCUCUUCAUUAUAAUAUUCUUAUUUUUUUUUCUCUUUUUCCUCUCAAUAAGAAUCUGUCAACCCCGUUUCUCACGCUAUUUCUUAUUAUUUUUACUAUUUCUUUGAAUUUUCUUAAACCAUCAAAUAAAUAAACUCAAAAACCCAGAAAAAAAUUAAAACCAUCUUCUUGUUUCCUAAAACCGCCUUAAUUUUGUUUUUUUAAUGACCCAAAACCAAGAAAAUAUUUCGUUUUCGCCCCUUUACUCUCUUAGAAUUUCUUGAGAAGUUUCGGGAUUUUUUUGACCGGGCGUUUGCUAAAGUGCGCCAGGAGUGCGCAGGAUAAAGAGAAUUGUAAAUUUGGUAGACGGCGAUAAAGAUGAGUAGCGGUACGGAUGUGGUGGCAAUGAGAUGGGGCACAUGGGAAGAAUUGUUGUUGGGUGGGGCCGUGCUCCGGCACGGUACCCGAGAUUGGGAUUUGGUUUCCGCAGAGCUCCGUGCCCGAACCGUUUGCCCGUUUACUCCUCAGGUAUGUAAAGUCAAGUACGAGGAUUUGAAACAGCGCUUUUCUGGAUCUACAGCUUUAUUUGAAGAGCUACGAAAGCAGCGAAUGGCAGAGCUGAAGCAAGCUUUAGAAAAAUCUGAAGACUCAAUUGGGUCCCUGGAAUCAAAGCUUGAAACUCUUAAGGCUGAGAGAAUAAACGAUAGCAACGUUGGUUGUGAAUCUAGUCAGACUGAAUCAGUCAUACCAUUUCAGAAAUCUGAUGGUCUCGAAUCUUCUAGUAAAGAGACGUCGAAAGAUGGACUUUCAGCUGGGAGUUUUACUCAGGAAACCAGAACAAAUUGGUCACCACGAUGCGAGGUUCCUGCUUCUCCAUUAUUAGAAGAAAUUGAGACUAAGAAAGAAGUCUUGAUAUCUCCUAAACGCGAGAACGUUUUAGGCAUAGGGAAUCUGGCGGGGCCCUUUGGUAUUGGACAUGGAGGGAGUAUAAGGAGGAGGAGAGGAAAGAGAAAGAGGAAAGAUUGUAUCAAGGAUAUGAAAGAAGGGAGCGUCGGAGACAGUGACUUUUGGGGGUCAACCGAUGUUUUAUCAGCUACAAGAUGCAAAGAUAAUUCAACAAGCACUUCUUGUCAAACUGGUAGAGUUUUGGUUGUUGAUGAUAAAAGCAGAGUCUUUAAGAAGGAUGAACACGCUGAUCUUGUUGCAAUUUUUGAUUCGAUUGCGGAGAAUAAAUGUGCCAGCGUCUUUCGUCGGAGGCUAGAUAGCCAGAAGAGAGGAAGGUACAAGAAAAUGAUAUUGCAGCAUGUGGAUUUUGAUACUUUAAGGUCUAGAAUUUCGAGUCAUACAAUCACUUCACUUAAAGAAGUCUUCAGAGACAUGCUUCUACUUGCUAACAAUGCCCUAGUCUUUUACUCGAAGACCACGCGCGAAUACAAGUCUGCGUUACUCCUCCGAGAAAUAGUCACAAAAAGCUUACGGCAGCACUUGAAGAACUAUAUCAGCAAGACUACUAUAACCCUCCUCUCGAGCACACCACAAAUACUAGAUCCUCCUGUAAAACCUUGCAGCGUCCGCCCUGCUAAUCGAAAAUCGUUGGAAAAGGCGCCAAAAGUUGGGAACUCUGUUGCGAAAGGUUUAAAACCGGGUAAAGAGAUGAACAAUGGUCGUUCUCUUGCUCCAGCAGAAUCCUUAACUAUGCCGAAGAAAGGAUCUGGCAGACCAAGAAAAGCCGGGCGCGGAACUGUUGCUAAGCAACCUGAAAAACCGACGAAAGGAAGAAAGAGAACCCGAGCCAGGUGGAUAACUCAACGUACAAAAACUGGUUAUUUUCAGAUUAAACUAACUGUUAUAGAAAACUAUCAUUCUGUUAUACUAGUUUGUAAUGAGCAGAUUAUUGUUGUUAUUGUUAUUAUAAGUCAAGUACGAGGAUUUGAAACAGCGUUUUUCUGGAUCAAUGCAAGUAGAGAUUUUUUAGCUUUAUUUGAAGAGCUACGAAAGCAGCGAAUGGCAGAGCUGAAGCAAGCUUUAGAAAAAUCUGAAGACUCAAUUUGGUCAGUCGUUGCCCAAUAUGAACUUCUUUUGAAGUCACAUUCCAUCGAUGAGAUCAAAAUAAUUCAAUUUUUGUUCUCCUGGUCCCUGGAAACAAAGCUUGAAACUGUUAAGGCUGUGAGAAUAAACGAUAGCAACGUUGGUUGUGAAUCUAGUCAGACUGAAUCAGUCAUACCAUUUCAGAAAUCUGAUGGAGUCGAAUCUUCCAGUAAAGAGAUGUUGAAAGAUCGACUUUCAGUUGGGAGUUUUACUCAGGAAACCAGAACAAAUUGGUCACCAAGAUGCGAGGUUCCUGCUUCUCCGAUAUUAGAAGAAACUGAGAUUAAGAAAGAAGUCCCGAUAUCUCCUAAACACGGGAACUUUUUAGGCAUAGGGAAUCUGGCCGGGAGUUUUACUCAAGAAACGAGAACAGAUUGGUCACCAACAUGCGAGGUUCUUGCUUUUCCAUUAUUAGAAGAAAUUGAGAUUAAGAGAGAAGUCCCGAUAUCUCCUAAACACGAGAACGUUUUAAGCAUAGGGAAUCUGACCGGGAGUUUUACUCAAGAAACCAGAACAAAUUGGUCACCAAGAUGCAAGGUUCCGGCUUCUCGAUUAUUAGAAGAAACUGAGAUUAAGAAAGAAGUCUCAAUAGCUCCUCAACACGGGAACGUUUUAGGCAUGGGGAAUCUGGCCCGGAGUUUUACUCAAGAAACCAGAACAAAUUGGUCACCAAGAUGCGAGGUUCCUGCUUCUCCGUUAUUAGAAGAAACUGAGAUAAAGACAGAAGUCUUGAUAACUCCUAAACACGAGAACGUUUUAGACAUAGGGAAUCUGGCUGGGAGUUUUACUCAAGAAACCAGAACAGAUUGGUCACCAACAUGCGAGGUUCUUGCUUUUCCAUUAUUAGAAGAAAUUGAGAUUAACAGAGAAGUCCCAAUAUCUCCUAAACACGAGAACGUUUUAAGCAUAGGGAAUCUGGCCGGGGGUUUUACUCAAGAAUCCAGAACAAAUUGGUCACCAAGAUACAAGGUUCGUGCUUCUCCAUUAUUAGAAAAAACUGAGAUUAAGAAAGAAGUCCUGAUAGCUCCUAAACACGAGAAAAUUUUAGGCAUAGGGAAUCUGGCCGGGGCCUUUUGUAUUGGACAUGGAGGGAGUAUAAUAAGGAGGAGGAGAGGAAAGAGAAAGAGGAAAGAUUGUAUCAAGGAUAUGAAGGAAGGGAGUGUCGGAGAUAGUGACUUUUGGGGGUCAACCGACGUUUUAUCAGCUACAAGAUGCAAAGAUAAUUCAACAAGCACCUCUUGUCGAACUGGUAGAUUUUUGGUUGUUGAUGAUAAAAGCAGAGUCUUAAAGAAGGAUGAACACGCUGAUCUUGUCGCAAUCUUUGAUUCGAUUGCGGAGAAUAAAUGUGCCAGCGUCUUUCGUCGGAGGCUAGAUAGCCAGAGGAGAGGAAGGUACAAGAAAAUGAUAUUGCAGCAUGUGGAUUUUGACACUUUAAGGUCUAAAAUUUCCAGUCAUACAAUCACAUCACUUGAAGAAGUUUUCAGAGACAUGCUUCUACUUGCUAACAAUGUCCUAGUCUUUUACUCGAAGACUACUCGCGAGUACAAGUCUGCGUUACUCCUCCGAGAAAUUGUCACCAAAAGCUUACGGCAGCAUUUGAAGAACUUCAGAAAGACUCCUAUAACCCUUCUCUUGAAAACCACAAGACUCGAUCCUCCUGUAAAACCUUGCCGCACUCGCCCUGCUUAUCGAACUCUUUGGAGGUGUCGAAAGUUGGGAACUCUGUUGCGAAAGGUUCAAAAUCGAGAAAGGUUUAAAAUCGGGUAAAAAGAUGAACAAUGGUCGUUUUCCUGCUUCAGCGGAAUCCUUAACUAUGCCAAAGAAAGGAUCUGGCGACCGAGAAAAGCGGGGCGCGGAAGUGUUGCUAAGAAACCUGAAAAACCGACGAAAGGAAGAAAGAGAACUCGAGCCAGGUGAUUCUGUUGUACAAAUUGUUGUUCUUUGUUCUAAUGUUAAAAUGUUGAGAAUUAGAUGUAGUUUAGGCUGUUAAGGAUCAUGUGUAUUAUUAGGAUAACUCAACGUACAAAAACUGGUUAUUUUCAGAUUAAACUAACUGUUAUAGAAAACUAUCAUUGUAACACUUCCUACCAUUAAAUGAACAAAAAAUUGAUUGCUUA